UUUUAACGUCUUUGUCUGAUCCGUGAUACUGUUAUUUCUGUGCACAUUGUAAAAGUGAAAUCAGCCUAUAUUAAUACACUUUUAAUAGUAAAAUAUCAUAAUAGUAAAUUUGUUUCCAAUUUUCGCAAUUGUUUGUAUAUUUUAUAAUUCCCUAAUCUUUGUGAAUAAGCUGGAGAGACAAUCUUUUAUUUUCAUUGAAUGGUAAUUGUUUAGUGAAAUCUUGGCUUAAAAUGACCGGAGUACGUGCCGGCCGCGUACCCAAGCGCCGAAGAGGGCACCGCGUAAAGACUCGGUCAGUACUAAGAAUGAUGGCAAUAAUGCAGGACAGGAAUAGUGAGGACGUACCUCGGGAAUUCCUCGAAACGGGUCGUACAGGAAGGCGAAACGCCAUGCCUGACAUCUUGCAUCCUCAGGGUGCGGAGAUAACAACGGCCGAUCUGCCAUCUAGACUGCAACAACUCGUCACUACGGAUCCAGAAAGCCCUCAGCCGGGAACUUCGAAAACAGAAUUAGAUCCAAACAAAGUGGACGAGAAGACAGUAAAAAAGGAUAGUUGUAGUUGAGCUGUCUCGCUCACACGGUCCGCGCGGACUACUCAGGACUUGCCCAAAGCUUAAGUAAUCUCAAUCAGGUAUCAUAGUAUUAUUAAGCACUGAGUAGAACUCACCUUAGACGGUGCGUACAAAAAUAGCUCCUAUGUCCUGUUCGAGAAUGUAGAAUAUUCAAUUGUUUCGUAUUAGUGUGGCUGGGCGGUGUCGAAUUUAUUUUAUUAAUGCAAUGAUUUUUAUAGUGUCUCAUUUAAUAUAACCGUAAUAGUCGAGCUUUUUCAUUAACAAUGUUACUAAGUGUUAUGAUUUCUAAAGGACUAACUGCGUAAUUGUUGAUUAUUUUCAUGUGAAGUAUUUGAUAUAUACUAACAGGCCAGUCAUGUAAAAGAAAAAAAAAGGCUGAAAAAUGUUAUUAUACAGUAACACGCAUUGAAACAAUAGGAAUUAUAAGGACAUGGUGGGUAGUUGUAAUUAAAUAUGCUUAUGUACACUAGAAUUGAUUGUGUUUUAACCAUAUAAUUGUAUAUAGUUUACCCGUAGAACGAUGUAUAGGGUUCCUUAGAUUUUUGUUAUACGUUUGUAAAAUUAGUUCGAUAUAAUAUUGAUGAUUGAUUACAUUACUAUUGAUAAUUUUUAAACAUAACUUUUUAUAUGAAAAUAUCAAAUAGAAUGAUAAUGUAAUAGUUUUAUUUUAAUUUGUGUCCUAAUGUGGCCCUUCGAAUAAUUUCUUUGUCCACAAUUACCAUUUAAUGAUUAAUGACGGAUAUAUAAUAUAUAAAUAGCUUUUAAAUGACUGGAAUUAUAUGUUGACAAGUUACCGGAGAUACUUGAAAACAUGUAUACUCUAUUUGAAUCUUGUUUAUUUGUUUUUAGUAAAAAAUAUUUAUUGAAAUAAUAUCAUAACACUUUUAUAAAUGAAUAAUUAACUGACUUAUUAUAGCAGAUGCUCGAACAUUUUAGAAUCAGACUUGUGCUUCAGUCAUUAUGAAAUAAAAGAAAAAAUGAUUAUUUUUUUUUUAAUUUGAUGUAAUAUUGCCAUAUAGACUGUCAAAUUUCCUUUUAACUGUGCAAUUUAUAUGUCAAUUGCUUAACAUUUUGGUCAGCUGGUCAUUUAGAUUUUAGACGUCCUUACACACUUAGCUUGUUUACAAUUAAAUUUAUUAUACAUAAUGAGUACAAUUUAUUUGUGAUUUUUGUGUGAGAUAGUGGAGUUUUAUUGGUUUAGGUUUUAUAUUAAAUAAAACGUUGUCAAAUAGAAAGACAAUAUAAAUAGUUUGUUAGUAACAAAAAAAUAUAUUUUCUUUUUCAAUUUAUAAUUAAAAUUUAUUCUGUUUUCGUUGUUAUUUAGAAAGCACAAAUGCACUUAUUAUGCAAUGAAAAAAUGAGUUCAAUAUAUCGUAAUUGUAUUUUUUGUUUUAUAAAAUGAUUUGAUUAUUUUCUAAUAACACUUUUGAUAUAUUAUGUAUUACGAGAAUAUCUACAUUGUUUGCCUUUCUAAUACCGCAGUUAUAUAUAUCAGUUAUAUACAUAGACAAGUAUAAUUGUGUUAUUAUUUUAUUACAAAAUGCAUGUCCUAUAAUGAGAAAAUAUCAUUAAUACAAUAUUUAAUACUCAUUUGGUAUCAAAAUUAUAUAAAUUAAAUAAAACAAAAGAAGACAAGUAAAGUAUACUAUAAUAAUAUAUACUAGUUUUGCUUUAUAUAUACAUUGGUAGUAAACACUGUAGACGGACAUUGUUUAUUUAAAUAUUUUGAAAAUAAAACAAGAUUAGUAUUAAAAUCCAGGUACAUAAUAUUUUAUUGUUGAAUGUGACAAUUAAAAAAAAAUGAUUUAAUCGCAUUCUUAUGAUAUUCAUACAUUAUUUUUGUUUAUAUGUAUUAUGAAAUUCAAUACAUUAUACUGUAAAGUUGUAGCAGUAAUAAAUAUUAGUGUUAGAACAUAAAUAAUAGAAGAAUAAAUAGUGACUAGCAUCCAUAUUGUAUCUUAUGACUAUAAUAAUACAUAAACACAAUGUAUGUCAUUUAGAAUAAACUUGGAUCUCCUUAAUAAAUGUCUUUUUAAAUAAAAUAUCUAAAUUGCCUUGAAAUUUUACGAGCAUCGAAUUUUAAACAACGUUUCUACUAUUUCGAUGUAUCGCUGUUUUUAUCAAUUUCUCUUUUAUAUCUUAUUAUGUAAAUUAUGAAUAUUUCAAAUUAAUUUUUUAAUUGAAUACGUAAAUUUUAUGUGAAAUUGUCUUAAAUCCAAAUUUAAACAUGUUUAUGUUGAUUUUUUAACAAGCUGUAACUAGAUUAGAUUUAAAGUAAUGUAAUUUACACUGCAUAGAAUACAAUUUUUGUACGUUUAUAUUAUGGCAUUGUUAAUGCUUAGGGUAUACAUAUGUGUACAGUUAUACUUAAUAUUGUGAUUUAAAAAUAUCUGAUUCCCAUCUUUCUUCAUGACUUCUACAAUAAUGGGAUAAACCUCUUAAAUAUCAUAGUUGGUGAAAUGUUCCCAAUGUUAGGAUGGGACUUCUUAUAGCACCAAUGUCUAUGAGCAGGGAUGACCACUUUAUUUAUAAAGUCUCCUCCAACACUGACUAUCUGCUUUCAUCUUUUAAAAUAUGUAUUUAAUAAUGUGACAGCAAAGGUGCCAGAUAUUUUUAAAUUUAAAGUAAACGCACAUUAUAUUCAAUGUCUCUUACUACUUGUCUAUACUAUAAUCGUUUUUUUACAUUGCUACGGUAUAUCACACAUUAUAAAGAAAUAACAAUAGCGUAAUAAACAUAUCAGGCAAGCUUUUAGUAUUCAUGACUAUUUAUGUCUUUUAUAAUAAUUUAUUCCUUUUGUACAAAAACAUGCAAAAAUGUUACAAGAAUUUUUAUACUGUCAUAGUUUCAUGUAACGUAAAAAUUGUGUCUACAUUGAAUGUGAAAAAUUGCCUAAGAUUUUGUGUAAUUACACAAUUACUAUUUUACAUUUUUUUUUAUUAAAAUGUUUCGCAUCCUAGUUUUGUUAACUAAAAUCUGAUAGGUGUGAUUAUUUUUAAUUUAUGAAUGACAAUGUUUUAUUAAUAAGUAAAUAUAAGUUAUUUCUUAGUCAAACCUUAACUUUUAUAGAUAUAAAACUAAUAAUUUAUUUGUAAUUCUCUUUUCUUUAUCUUAUAUAUUCGCAAAUAUGUUUUUUU